AAUCAUCUUUAUUAUAUUUAUUAAAAAAAUGAAAUUCAAAAUUCCUAAGCAAGACCCUUAAGAAACCAAGUCCUAUAAGUUGAGAGCAAUUCCCCACUGAACGUUAGACGGUAUAACAACGCUGCCUAGCUCAUCAAGUAGAGACCAUGGAUUCCACGAAGUCUAACAAGAUCAGAGAAAUCGUUAGGCUUCAACAGAUCCUAAAGAAGUGGAGAAAGUUGGCAACCUCAUCCAACCCCACCACCACCACCACCAACAAUGGCAGCAGCAAAAGCAUUAAGUUCCUGAAACGGACGCUCUCUCUAUCGGAGACAACCUCGGGCAAUGCCGUCCCAAAAGGCUACCUAGCCGUUUGCGUUGGCGAAGAGCUCAGGAGAUUCAUAAUCCCGACAGAGUAUUUGGGUCACCGUGCAUUUCACUUGUUAUUAAGAGAAGCAGAAGAAGAAUUUGGGUUUCAGCAGACGGGCGUUCUCAGAAUUCCUUGUGAAGUCGCAGUUUUUGAAAGUAUCUUGAACCUGGUGGAAGAAAAGAAAGAUGUGAGCUUCAUGCAGGAAUGUGCAGGGUUGGGACAUUGUUCGUCCAAAACCCAGCAAACUCCAUCUCACCAUCCUCAAAGCCCCAUGUGCAGAUAGUUAUCCAUCCAUUUUUGUUUUCCCUUGACCUCAUUUAUCACUUUUUUUUUUGCUCUUUUCCAGGAUGAGGCCAACGUAUGAGAGAGUUUAAUAAUGAAGUUGUUUCCAAAUUGUAACACAAAGUAUCAACUUUGAUAGUCUGUUAUAUCAACCCUUAAUGCAAACCUUUCUUUCCCCA